UCUGUGUCAAACCGUUGCAGGGGGUUAGCUGAAUUCUUCUUCGAAACAGUUUGCUGUUCUCACUAAAUUAAGUGCGAUUUUCUCUUUUGGUCCCCGAGAAGACGAUAAACACCUAAAUACCUCCACCAUGGCGUUCGCGGGGUUGAAGAAACAGAUCAACAAGGCUAAUCAGUACAUGACGGAGAAGAUGGGCGGCGCGGAAGGAACCAAGCUUGACGUGGAUUUCAUGGACAUGGAGAGGAAAACGGACGUCACGUACGAGCUUGUCGAGGAGCUGCAGAUGAAAACGAAAGAAUUCCUGCAACCGAAUCCGACAGCGAGGGCAAAGAUGGCGGCGGUCAAGGGCAUCAGCAAGCUUAGCGGUCAGGCGAAAGCUUCGACCUAUCCCCAGCCGGAAGGCGUUCUUGGCGAUUGUAUGCUCACCUAUGGCAAGAAGCUCGGAGAAGAUAGUAUUUUCGCUCUGGCUCUCAUUGAAAUGGGGGAGGCGAUGAAGCAGAUGGCGGACGUGAAAUAUUCUUUGGACGACAACAUUAAGCAAAACUUUCUUGAGCCCCUGCACCAUUUGCAGACCAAAGACCUGAAGGAGGUGAUGCACCACCGGAAAAAACUUCAGGGACGACGACUGGACUUCGAUUGCAAGCGAAGACGCCAAGCGAAAGGUUCUCACGUUUCAGACGAUGAGAUACGUCAGGCCGAGGAUAAGUUCGCAGAGAGUCUUCAUCUCGCACAGUUGGGCAUGUUCAAUCUGUUGGAGAACGAUGUGGAACAAGUGGCACAGCUGGCAACGUUCAGUGAAGCUCUCUUGGAUUAUCAUCAGCAGUGUACCGAGAUUUUGAGAACAUUAACGGAAACGCUUCUGGAGAAGAAAGACGAUGCAGCGAACAAACCAAAAAUGGAAUUUGUGCCCAAGACCUUGGCUGACCUGCACGUCGAUGUAUUACCCGGAUUGGAUGCUAUGAACGGGGCAAGUCGAUCUGGGUCUCCGACCCAUGAAGGGAAGCGCUCGCAGCUCGAGCUAUUUCCGGCUGGGAACCCGCCACAAUCUGCCAAUGCUUCUCCUUUGCCGUCUCCGAGUAAAUCGCCAGCAAGGACUCCGAUGUCAAGACAACCUUGCUGUACAGCUUUGUACGAUUUCGAGCCGGAGAAUCCUGGAGAGCUUGGAUUCAAAAUUGCUUGACUUCUCGUACCAAAAGACGAUCCCGUCUUUGUCGCACGCCUUCUUCUUUUUUUCAUUACUCCAUACGAACGAGCUUUUACUUUGUACAUAUUUAUAAGUAUACACGUGUAUAGGUUUAGAAUUUUAUCGCGAUAACGUAUUAUUAAUUUCGCGUUAGGUUAGAUUUUAGAGAACCUUUUCGGGCAGGAUAGGAAACGGUAUAAUAUAUACAUGCAUAUAUAUACAUAUAUGUAUUAUAUAUACGUUCGAAUGUACGAGUUCCGUUCGAAGUGACAAGCUCUCCGCAUUUUAAUUGUAAUCUAACUAUUUGGGGUUCGAGCAGACAUCGAAUCUAUCGUUCCCCGCUAAGUCACUGAGCAUCCUUGGUCUGAAAAAAUUGGAUUACGGACGCAUAGGUUAUCUCGCCCGCCCCAGCUGCCUCCAGCCUUUAUACGUUAGCCGUGGCUUGCUGUUUAUAUGUACACACUAGUUUCCCGCGUCCAUGAAACGAGAAACUUAAUGCUUCUCCCGGUUUAUGCUCCUCGCGUUUACGGUCCACUUAUAUUUUGUAAGCGUCAGAUUGUUCCGUACUCGCGUGGACCAUCAUCGGAGAACGGAGCAAUGGUUUCUUCGUUUUUGCAAACCAGGCUUCAUUUUUUCAAGGCCUCUAUUCUCCUCUGCGAUCUCGUUACGUUUACUACUACUGCCCUUGUUUAUUGUUCCGAAAACGAAGAGACGACCAGUGGAUGCGACGCAGUGAUACUUUCAGACAAUACAUUACAAUUAAUUACACUUAUAUUAAUAAAUUAAUCUAUUAUGAUUAUUGAGCUCCGAUUGAAGAGGAAUAUACGACAUGUACUCGAUUUCGGUCAAUGCUAAAUAAUUAUUAACAUUAACUAAGGAAAUAAAGUGUGCUCUAUGUCAUGCUACAAUGUGAUUUUUCAACCGACUCGACACUCGACUGCCAUUUUUUUUUCUUUUGUAUAAAUA